GAAGCGGAAAUCUGACACGACCAGCAGUAGCCAAGAUGGCCGAAUACGGCCAGGCUGGGCUGCUAGCGGCGCUUCUACUCUUCACGGUUCUGACGCUCCGCGACGUCUACGUAGGCAGGUCGAACCCGCAGCAGGUCCUAGCCGGGCCGGAGAUGGAGCUCGGGAAGGCGGCCAGGGCGACCAUGUAUAGCGGCCCCGUGCUCAAGUUUCAGUACUGCAUCUCCUGAGGCUACAGCAAAGUGUUCCAGGAGUACUCCAGGGCCAUCGGGCAGUUGUACCCCGACAUCCGCAUUGAGGGGCAAAACUACCCCCCGUCCCCCAUCAACAGAUUGUUGGGCAGCGUGGUGUCGUACCUGAAGCUGGCGUCCAUCUUGUUGAUCGUCAGCGGCCAGAACGUGUUUGCGAUGCUCGGUGUGAACACGCCCACGUUUUGGACGUGGACCCAGGACAACAAGAUUUUCUCCUGUCUGAUGGCCUUCUUCCUGUGCAACAUGAUGGAGACGCACUUCCUUUCCACUGGAGCUUUUGAGGUCGCACUCAACGACGUGCCCAUCUGGUCCAAGCUGGAGUCUGGUUACGUUCCCAACAUCCAGGAGAUCUUCCACAUCCUCCACAACCACCUCAACAUCAACCGGGUGGACGGCGCCGCCGGCUUCCCCUCGCAUUAGAAGGCGCGUCCCGGCUCAGCGGGACCAUCAGCCGCCGGCAUCCAUGAAGGUGGGGUCUCAAAGCAGGACUCUGCAGGGCCUCGCCAGAAGUCUCUCCCGCCGCCGACUGAGUGCCGCCGCCGCCGUCUUGGGAUUACGUGAUCCUUCAGCUCUGCAAAUUUUGCGAUUGAUUGAAGAAUAAAAAAAAAAACAAAUGUCUAGCGUUAGUGUCAUGCUAGCCGGAAAUGAUGAAAAAGUGUUGAAGUCUUUCUUUUUUCACGUGCAGUAUCCCACCUUUUUGUCCUUACUUGUAGGACAACUCUUCAACUAGCAGGACAAGUGCAUGUUGUUUGUGAGGCAGAACUAUCGGAGCUGAUUGUUGUAGUUACUCGUGUAUGACAACUUGACGAGCGUGAUGUCUGUUGAGCUUUGAGCUGUCGCAGGAUGGCGUGUAUUCAUCUUGGGCGUUCAAGCGUUUUUGAAAUAAAUGUUUGAUGUGAUGGAAA